UUUGUCACCCACACCACUCGAGAGGAAGACGGAGAGAGUAACGGCGAAUAUGGAAGGGAUUGGGCUGCGAAGUUGCGGCGAGGAGAUUCUCCGUCUCGGGUCUAGUUUACGCGGUGGUAACGGCGUCAGGUUUCCGGUUCUUCGGCGAGCUAUGGUGAUAAAGAUGAGAGACCGUGGCAAGAACAGGAAACCAUUGCAGAGAGGUCGAAUGCUCAGUAUCGAAGCGAUUCAAGCGGUUCAAGCUUUAAAGCGAGCUAAUCCUCCUCCUCCUCCUCCUCCUUCUUCUCCCAUGUCUUCUUCCAAAUUCCGUCGGCUCUUGAAAUUCGAUAUGGUCGCCGUUCUCAGAGAGCUAUUACGCCAAAGCGAGUGCUCUCUAGCUCUCAAGGUAUUUGAAGAGAUUCGAAAAGAGAAUUGGUACAAGCCUCAGGUGAGAUUGUACUCAGAUAUGAUCGCUGUAAUGGCGGAUAAUAUUUUGAUCGAAGAGGUUAGCUAUCUUUACUAUGCAAUGAAAUCAGAAAAGGGUUUAAUGGCUGACAUUGAAGGCUUCAACACUCUCUUGACGACACUUUUGAAUCAUAAGCUGUUUGAUCUUGUCAUGGAUUGCUAUGCCUUUAUGCAGUCAAUUGGGUAUGAGCCUGAUAGGUCUUCCUUUAGGAUUUUGGUCUUAGGUCUCGAAUCGAAUGGUGAAAUGGGUUUAUCUGCUAUUGUUAGACAAGAUGCUCAUGAGUAUUACGGUGAAUCACUUGAGUUUGUCGAAGAAGAUGAAGAAGUAUCUAGUGGGACUGGUGGUGUGUUGAUCUAAAUGAUGGAGUAGGAAAGUUGAGAGAUUGGAGAUCUUUAUGAUAGAGCUUGAUGUUUGAUCAUACUGUAUACUAAUAAUAUCUUCCAAGUAGGAGCCGAUUAGAUGAUGCGUGGAUUUUUGUAUCUAAGGUUAGCCGAACCAUAUCAUGUAGGCUUUGUGUGUUGUAACAUUGGAAUGUUACCACCGAGUACGCGUUUUUUGGAUUGCAUCAGAGAAGAUACGAAACUUGAAUCUGUUCCACAGUCACUCAAGUCUAUGGUAAACAACAAUAAUAGCUA